CCUCGGGGCCUCAGAGGGAAUUGUUGGGUCCACAUGACUGAGCUGUGACUGUUUACGGGGCUCCGUGUUCGUUCUAGAGGAACGUUUGUUUGCUCCUUUGCUCAUUUGCUUUUCAUGGCCUCGAAGUCCGUAUCUUCUGAGUAGGUCCUGGAGCAGCAUCAGCAGCCCUCAUCCUGCAGCAUUUUGGAGCCUCUGGAGGAACCUCUGACCCUCGGCCCACUCUGAAUGGCGGAGAAGUGAAAGCGGUGGUCCAGGACGAAGCCCAUUCAGAUGUCCCACACUGACAGCUGAUGCAUGCAGCCCUCUUCUUUCCUUCUUCUGCUCUCUGUUCCUCCCUCGCUCGCUCUCCUUCAGGAUGGGUUCGGCCUUCAAGAGGUUCUGCGCCAGGUUCUGCUGCUGCUGCUGUACUUUUGAUGAUGACGACGAUGAUGAAGAGAAGAGACCGUUACUCGGUAAUGAGACUUUAGAGUAUUUUGACCGUGAGGCCAAAAAGAGGCGGGAUCAGGAGACCAACCUAUGGAGUGAGCCCGGAGACCCCUCCCACUCGGAGAGAGACGAUGACCGGACGCUUUAUAACCUCCUGCAGAGCAGAGCCAAAACACGCAUGGGCUCACAGGGCUACCGGAGGCUGAGUGUGGACAUUGAGGCCAUGAGGGAGGUCAGGAGAGAGGUGCGGGACAAAUGGAAAAUGAUCCUGGAGAAUCUGGGUUUCAUGGCUGAGGCUGAUUCGUUGCUGAAUGUGUCUGCGAGUGCAUCGUAUGAUCGUAUGCGAAACGCAGCAGCCGCUCGAACUCUGCUCCAAACUCUCCACUCAGAGACGUCCAUCUUCAACAGCAACGAGCCCCCGCCCGAGAGAUACCUCUUCACCCUGGACCGGCUGAUUUAUCUGGACGCUGCAGAUGAUUUUCUGGCGAAGGCUCGUCGUUUCUACCCACCUAGAGAUGAUGAUGAUGAUGAAGAGGAAGAGAGAACCAUAAACCUGCCGCUUCUGCUGUCCCGGAUGAAACAGAACAUAUCUGGAGGAGAGGAAGACGAUGAUGAUGAUGAAGGAGAGAUCAGUGGACAAGAUUAAUACCUGUCAUCUAAACUUAAUUAGCAACUGCAAAAGGACUUAAGGAGUAAGUUUAGAUUUAAGGACUAAGACUAAAGCUAACAGAACGUAAGACUGUAGUUUUAAGGUGGAGAAUGGUGAGUUUUAAGGUUUCAGAUAAGGCUGGUUUUAAAGGCGUGUCUUGGUGUUUGCUUUAUGGUUCAGGCUGAGGCUAGUUUUAAGUUUUAAGCUAGUUUUAAGGUUUAGUCUAAGGGUAGUUUUAAGGUUUAAGUUAGUUUUAAGGUUUAGUCUAAGACUAAUUCUUAAGACUAGUUUUAAUGUUUAAGCUAGUUUUAAGGUUUAGUCUAAGGGUAGUUUUAAGGUUUAAGCUAGUUUUAAGGUUUAGUCUAAGGCUAAUUCUUAAGACUAGUUUUAAUGUUUAAGCUAGUUUUAAGGUUUAGUCUAAGGGUAGUUUUAAGGUUUAAGAUAGUUUUAAAGUUUAGUCUAAGGCUAAUUCUUAAGACUAGUUUUAAUGUUUAAGAUAGUUUUAAGAUUUAGUUUAAGGGUAGUUUUGAGGUUUGAGCUAGUUUUAAGGUUUAGUCUAAGGGUAGUUUUAAGAUUUAAGCUAGUUUUAAGGUUUAGUCUAAGGCUAAUUCUUAAGACUAGUUUUAAUGUUUAAGCUAGUUUUAAGAUUUAGUUUAAGGGUAGUUUUGAGGUUUAAGAUAGUUUUAAGGUUUAGUCUAAGGGUAGUUUGGAGGCUGGUAUUCAGGUUUAUUCUAAAACUAGUUUGUAGGGUUAGGCUAAUUUCAAGGUUCAGACUUGGGACUGUUUUUUAUUUUUUAAGACUUGUUUUAAGUGUUAACCUGGUUUUAAGAUUUAGACUUAAGCUAGUUUUUAGCUGGACCAAGUGGGUUACUGGGAUUAACAUAGCUCAUGCUUAAUUCAGCUCAGCUUUAUGUAAUUCAUCCAACAAUUAUUUUUGCGUAGUGUACCAACGGCCAGAAUGAACCCAAACAAAUCUGAAAUAUGAACAGACUGAAUUGUGAUUGAACCAAUAAAUAA